UUCCAGGUUGCAAGUUGAUUGGUGUGUGUAUUUGAACGUGAAACCGCUCUUUCCAUUACCCUUUAGGUUUUGGUCUUCUCUCGAUCUGACUCUCUCUCUCUCUACAUCGAAAACUUGAACCAAAUUCCCAAUUCCCCCCAAACAAUCCAGUGUUCAAAUUCUCAGUUCCCCCCUUCAAACCCUAGAUGUCAUCGUCCACCGUCUCAAUCACCGCAAACCGUCCCGGCCCUUCCUUACGCAGACCCACACUCACCAGCGACAAAAAAUCCGCCCUAGAUGCCACCGGAAACGACGAACUCGACAUUUCUCCGGCCACCGGCGACACCACCAGCAGAGCCAAAGAUCUCACACACUCAACCAAACAAGUAGACACUCUUCUCGAAAGAUCUGUUCAAACCAAAAACCCUAUACCAACAAAUUCAACCACCAAAUUACGAAAACGGACCGUCAUUAAAAAAGCAACCGGUCCCUCGCCUUCUCGCCCGCCUUGGAAGACUGCUGUGAGCGUAAUUGUAAAGAAUUUAGGCCUUUUGGCUAUACUGUUGGUUCUGAUUCAGAUGGUUCGUAGGUUAGGGUUUAAUCAGGGAGGUAUUGGAUCCGGUGGAUCUGAUUCUGUGUUGGGUUUGGAGUACGAAAGGCGGAUUGCGGAAGUGGAGGCGUUUUUGAAAACCACAACUAAAAUGAUGCAGGUUCAGGUUGAUGUUGUGGAUAGGAAGAUUGAGAAUGAGGUUAAGGGGUUGAGAACUGAGUUAAGUAAGCGGAUUGACGAUGAACGGGUUAUGGUGAAUAACAGGUUUAGUGAAUUUGAUGGACGGGUUGGAAGCGUGGAGAAGGCGGUAACUGGAGCGGAGUGGUUGUCGAGAGAUGAGUUUGAUAAGUUUGUGGAGGAGUUUAGGGGUGUUGAUGAUGUUGGUGAGUUGAGGUUGGAUGAAAUUCGGGCUUUUGCUAGGGAGAUUGUUGAGAAGGAGAUUGGGAAACAUGCUGCAGAUGGGCUUGGUAGGGUUGAUUAUGCAGUGGCAUCGGGUGGUGCGAAGGUGUUGAGGCAUUCGGAGGCGUAUAGUGCGAGCAGGGUUAUGGGUUGGUUUUCUGGGAACGUGCGAAGUGAUGCUAUGAAGGUGCUGCAACCGAGUUUUGGCCAGCCCGGUGAAUGUUUUCCUCUGAAAGGAGAUACUGGGUUUGUUGAUGUUAAGCUUAGGACAGCCAUUGUUCCCGAGGCUAUAACUCUUGAACAUGUUUCCAAGAGUGUGGCAUUUGACAUAUCAAGUGCUCCUAAACACUGCAAAGUUUGGGGAUGGUUACAGAACGAGGAAGAUACACAAAAGGAGCAUUUGCUGACAGAGUUCACAUACGACCUUGAAAAGAGUGUUGCGCAAACAUUUAAUGUGUUGGACCCGAAAGGCGAAGACUCAAUUGUUAUUGAUACAAUCAGGCUAGAGUUGAUGUCAAAUCAUGGAAGCCCGACACAUACGUGCAUAUAUCGCGUGCGGGUCCAUGGUCAUCAGCCCAAUGAGUCAUAAACCAUCUUUUGAUAUUUGUAUGUUUGAUGGCUGUCCUAUGUUCAUGGACCUAUUGAGGUUUUAUGGUGUCUAUGCAAGUUAUUUGAUCGUUACCACGGUCUAUUUGUUGUUUGAUUGUUUUUGGACGGUUAAACGGAUUGUUGUGAUGGGUUUUGCACUUGUAUUUUGUUGUAGAUUGUGCAUCGUUUAUGGUUUACGUUGGUUGGAUUGCUUGUUA